CAAUAUAUAUUCAGUAGCAAAUAAGAAGAGAUAAUUUUUGUUGAUUAUUUGUUCUUGAGCUUCAUAUUUUUGGUGAGAAAAUGGCAGAAGAAGUGAUUCUGUUGGAUUGUUGGUGCAGUAUGUAUGGGAUGAGGGCAAGAAUUGCACUUGCAGAAAAAGGUGUGAAGUAUGAGUACAAAGAAGAGGAUUUGAACAAUAAAAGCCCACUGCUUUUGGAAAUGAACCCUAUUCACAAGAAAGUCCCAGUCUUAAUUCACAAUGGGAAAUCAAUUUGUGAGUCACUUGUUAUAGUCCAAUAUAUUGAUGAAGUUUGGAAAGGAAAUGGUCCAUUGAUUCCUUCUGAUCCUUAUGAGAAAGCUCAAGCUUGGUUCUGGUCUGACUAUAUGGCCAAUACCGUACAUGAAUAUGCAGUGAAAAUAUGGUCAACAAAAGGAGAAGAGCAAGAACAAGCAGUUAAGGACUAUUUAGGUGGACUUAAGUUGAUAGAGGGAGUACUUGGUGACAAGCCUCAUUUUGGAGGAGAAAACUUUGGAUUUUUGGAUAUUUCUUUAAUUGGUUUCUACAGUUGGUUUCUUGCGUAUGAAACUUUUGGCAAGUUUAGUGUAGAGAAAGAAUGUCCCAAACUUAUUUUAUGGGUUAAAAGGUGUUUGGAAAGGGACAGUGUCUCUAAAACUCUUCCUGAUUCUGAGAAAGUUUGCGAGUUUGCCUAUGAGUUUGGAGUGGAAUGAAGAGAGAUACAGAACGGAAGUUAAUGAAUUCAAAAUGUUGGUGAUAAAUGUUUUUCCUCUGAAAAAUGUCUCUUUGUUGGCUUGGGUUUAAGCCUGGCUUUUCACCUAUGUAAUAAAUGUUCUUCCUUUAUGAUGGGAAUGGAUGGAUCUUCUAGUAUUUCUGUCAACAAGUAAAAACAGUGUAAACCUAUUCUCUAAACCUAUUCUCUCGCAUGUUCAACAAUGUCAAGAUCUUGCAUUUUUUUA